AUGGCUGCCGGAGCGGCCGGAGCAGACGACGCGGAGCGGUUGCGGUACUCUUCCCCCGGUACAGUGACUCUAGGGCGCACCUGUGGCAUCACAUGGCGGGAGGGCGCACCUGUGGCAUCACAGUGUGACAUGGGUGAGAAGCCAUGCAAGUGCAGUCUCUGUCCUUUGGAAUUCAGCGGGAGGGCGCACCUGUGGCAUCACAAUGUGACAUGGCGGGAGGGCGCACCUGUGGCAUCACAGUGUGACAUGGGUGAGAAGCCAUGCAAGUGCAGUCUCUGUCCUUUGGAAUUCAGCGGGAGGGCGCACCUGUGGCAUCACAGUGUGACAUGGCGGGAGGGCGCACCGGUGGCAUCACAGUGUGACAUGGGUGAGAAGCCAUGCAAGUGCAGUCUCUGUCCUUUGGAAUUCAGCGGGAGGGCGCACCUGUGGCAUCACAGUGUGACAUGGCGGGAGGGCGCACCUGUGGCAUCACAGUGUGACAUGGGUGAGAAGCCAUGCAAGUGCAGUCUCUGUCCUUUGGAAUUCAGCGGGAGGGCGCAGCUGUGGCGUCACAGUGUGACAUGGCGGGAGGGUGCACCUGUGGCAUCACAGUGUGACAUGGGUGAGAAGCCAUGCAAGUGCAGUCUCUGUCCUUUGGAAUUCAGCGGGAGGGCGCACCUGUGGCAUCACAGUGUGACAUGGCAGGAGGGCGCACCUGUGGCAUCACAUGGGUGGGAAGCCAUGCAGGUGCAGUAUCUGUCCUUUGGAAUUCAGCGGGAGGGCGCACCUGUGGCAUCACAGUGUGACAUGGGUGAGAAGCCAUGCAAGUGCAGUCUCUGUCCUUUAGAAUUCAGCGGGAGGGCGCACCUGUGGCAUCACAGUGUGACAUGGCGGGAGGGCGCACCUGUGGCAUCACAGUGUGACAUGGGUGAGAAGCCAUGCAAGUGCAGUCUCUGUCCUUUGGAAUUCAGCGGGAGGGCGCACCUGUGGCAUCACAGUGUGACAUGGUGUGACAUGGGUGAGAAGCCAUGCAAGUGCAGUCUCUGUCCUUUGGAAUUCAGCGGGAGGGUGCACCUGUGGCAUCACAGUGUGACAUGGCGGGAGGGCGCACCUGUGGCGUCACAGUGUGACAUGGGUGAGAAGCCAUGCAAGUGCAGCCUCUGUCCUUUGGAAUUCAGCGGGAGGGUGCACCUGUGGCAUCACAGUGUGACAUGGCGGGAGGGCGCACCUGUGGCAUCACAGUGUGACAUGGGUGAGAAGCCAUGCAAGUGCAGUCUCUGUCCUUUGGAAUUCAGCGGGAGGGCGCACCUGUGGCGUCACAGUGUGACACAGGGAAUUCAGCGGGAGGGCGCACCUGUGGCAUCACAGUGUGACAUGGGUGAGAAGCCAUGCAAGUGCAGUCUCUGUCCUUUGGAAUUCAGCAGGAGGGCACAUCCGUGGGGUCACAGGGUGACACGUGGAAGCCGUGCAAGUGCAGUCUCUGUCCUUUGGAAUUCAGCAGGAGGGCACAUCUGUGGCAUUACAGGGUGGCACAUGGGUGAGAAGCCAUGCAAGUGCAGUCUCUGUCCUUUGGAAUUCAGCGGGAGGGCGCACCUGUGGCAUCACAGUGUGACAUGGCGGGAGGGCGCACCUGUGGCAUCACAGUGUGACAUGGGUGAGAAGCCAUGCAAGUGCAGUCUCUGUCCUUUGGAAUUCAGCGGGAGGGCGCACCUGUGGCAUCAGUGUGACAUGGGUGAGAAGCCAUGCAAGUGCAGUCUCUGUCCUUUGGAAUUCAGCGGGAGGGCGCACCUGUGGCGUCACAGUGUGACACAGGGGUGA